UAUGAUAUGCAAAAUAGCUAUAGUUUUUACUCACUUUGCUUUAGUUUCUUUUCAACUAUAAAAAGAAUUUGUGCUGACUUUAUUUUGUCAAGGUACUGUUUGGUGGGACUAGCCAUUCUGUCCAAGAGAUUGAUGAAAUUUUCUGGUAUUUUUCAUUGUAGUUUGUAUGUGAUUGGUUGGAUAAUUUGGGAAAAAAGAUUGUGUGUUGUAGGACUUAAAAGGUUUUGAAUCUCUUAUGUUUAGCAAAAUAAAUAAAGGAAAACGAUAACAAACAAAAAGACAUCCCAGUGCACAAGGCUUCUCACUUUGCAAGUAUCUUGAAAGGAUCAUCUAUCAUAUGCAACCUUUCCCUUACCUCCUUUCUUUUUUUCUUCUUUUUGGUGCAAAGAGGCUGUUUCUACUAAUUGAACUCAUGACCUUUCGGUUACAAAGGACUAACCUUACCAUUGUGCCAAGGCUCACCCAUUUACCCAUAUAACUGUUGACUGAUGUGACAAGUUACCAGAUAUGUGCUGUCUUCCGUCUGUGCAUAAUGAGUAGAUGCCAUGUUAUCCACCAAAAGUUGGAUGAUAUCGGUGAAGUUGGUGAUGCUAUUAUGGAGCUACUUUGCUACUGUUCUAACGGAUCCAGGUGGUGUCCCAACAAGUUGGAGGCCAUCAAUUGAUGAGGAGAGAGGUGAUGCAGAUCCAUUGAUAGGGUUAGAGCACGGCGGUGCAAAUUUAGGUUUAAACCAGUCAUCUGUACUUGGUGAGCCAGCUAACCAAAGAAUGCGAUUCUGUCGAAAGUGCAACCAAUUUAAACCACCUCGAUGUCAUCAUUGUUCUGUUUGUGGAAGAUGUAUAUUGAAAAUGGACCAUCAUUGUGUUUGGGUUGUCAAUUGUGUUGGGGCAUUGAACUACAAGUAUUUCCUUCUUUUCUUGGUUUACACAUUUCUUGAGACAACUGUUGUUACUUUAUCAUUAUUGCGGCUAUUUAUUGCAUUUUUUACUGAAGGCGAAAUAUCUGGAACACCAGGAACCCUUGUAGCCACUUUUAUUACAUUUGUAUUGAACUUAUCUUUUGCAUUGAGUGUUAUGGGCUUCCUGAUUAUGCACAUCUCAUUGGUACUAGCCAAUACAACCACCAUUGAGGCAUAUGAGAAGAAAACUGAUCCUAAAUGGCGAUAUGAUCUUGGACGGAAGAAAAACUUUGAACAGGUGUUUGGGAUGGACAAGAGGUACUGGCUCAUCCCUGCUUAUUCUGAAGAUGAUUUGAAACGCAUGACAGUGCUUCGGGGUUUUGAAUAUCCAACAAGACCAGAUUUAAAUGAACUCCAGCAGCUCUAACUGCAUUUGGCAACACAGACUGUUAAAUUGCCACUCCUCUUCAUUACCUUCUUAUGGCUUAGGCAUCCGGGAAGAAGCAGCUCACAUUGGCAAGAUCCUUGAACACUUUUAUGCCUGGUUUACUAUCUAUGCGAGAUAUAUUGGCGGCAUGCCUUGAAAUAUUAGAAUUUUGUGCGACUGGAUUAUGCUGAAGGGUAAAACUAUACAAUUCUGUACAUAUGUCAAAUCUUGCUUCAUCUGCCAAAAAUAUUUUGUGCUUGCAAUGUAGCUAACAUAACUAAAUUAAAUAUUGUACUCUGUUGCUGGCUAUUCUUCUAAUUUUUUCGGACCAAAGAUUUCAUGAGCAUUCUUCUUUUCGGUUCA